CAAGAUGAGACCGUCGCAAGUUCUGUUGCGCAAGAGUCCGUAAUCCUUUAUAGUCUGGUUUUUUUUUGGUAGUAAGAAAAAGUGUCGAAAAAACAGAAGAGGUUGCUGGUGGCGAUAACGUCACGGUUCACCUCUUUAACAUGGCACAUGCGCCACUCUGGAAGUGUCUAUAGUAUUAGGGUGGCUAGGUGGGUGUUUGUAUGUGAUAUAGGGGUUGAAAUUUAAAGGGAGGGGCUGCCCGAAAAUGGCUGUCAUACACAGAACAGAACGUCCGAAAGAGGACAAGUGACGGUCCACCCCUGUCUUCCACAUUGACCAAUUCACAGUAUUUUACAAUAAUUGACACAGUUAAGUAAUCGAUAGUUAUUAUGCCGUGGUUAAAAAGUAAUCGACGUGCUCUACUGAAACCUCCGCCGGAUUCACUCUCGCCCGUCAGUUCUACCAAAAGAUUCAAGUUACAGAAACAUGAGGUAGUUCGAGUGUAUUAGAGAACGGAUCAGCAGAGAAAAUUUUAAAGAUUGCGAGGAAGAUGAACGGCUCCUCUUCGAGGAUUGUAGUUCUUCUUUUGUUCGCAAUCUUUUUCUGCUGGCGAGUGUCCGGCACGGCAGAUGCGAACAAAUUCGACAGAGCGACGAAGGCCCGUUUGAGAACGGCACACGCACCAUGGCGUAUUGUUGUAUGCCUAACUCAACCGCAGGCUCCAGUGAAGACAGAUAUUCAGAGAGCAUGGGAAGAGGCGAGAUUAGAGUCGUCUCAGGGGGACGUGGAAAUAUCAUACGUGGAAGCAAGGAUGACACUGAUGACCGAUUCUCUGUCAUAUCCUUUAUCCUUAUUGAAUAAAUUCUGCACAGACAUUGAGAGUGGUAAGACCGUCCUAACACUCGUAGUCGGCGGCAGCUCCGCAGCAAGAUUUUUGAUAACAGCAGCAGCAUCGGUAAAUAUUCCAACACUCUGGUUACCAUUUACACAUCGGGACUUCCUCAGACAAGGAAAGAGCGGGAGAUUCGAAAUACGUUUGGGUUCUGGUUCAGAGGAAUUUGGGGCAGCCGCAGCUGCAUUGAUGCAUAAGACUAAUUGGCAUGCAUUUACUCUUUUUAUUGACAGUACAUUAUUGCCUUUGCAUCAUCUUCUGUUAUCGAACAGACAGAAUUUAACGCCCAGAACCAUAAUUCAUCUGCCAGCUAAUGAUAAAACGUUGAAAAUCAGAUUAAGGAGGAUUGCGGAGCAAGGUGGAAGUGGAGGAGUUUUAGUUAUGGCUUGCGACAUAAAUAAUGCUAGAAAAGUUCUUCUUGUGGCUAGCAAAUAUGAGAUGUUGACAGGAAGAUUUCUUUGGCUCUGGCUGGAUCUUAAAGCUGAAUUGAGACCAAACGAACCGAAUAUAAUUACUUCUCAUGUUUUACACAAUACACGGUCGUCCAUUGUGGAAAAUGAAAAUACUCCACCGUUAGAGAGUAUAAAACGGAAUUUAAAUCUGAUACCAGAAACCGAAAUGCAUUUACAUUCAUUGCCAAACUUAGCUAACGAUAUUCAUCAACUGCAAGAGUAUCGCUGGCAAACCGAAAGAAUCAUAAUGAAGAGGGAAGACAGGGGUUUUACGAAUGAUGAUGAAGAAGAUAUUAAGAUCGGUGAUAAAGGAUUAAACUCCAAGAAUUUCAUGCCGGUGGGGAUGCUUGCAUUGAGACCAGCCAGUACGAAAGUUGGUAGUGGUGAUACUUUGUUGAAUAGAAUGCUGAGGGAAAUUUCACAAGCAUUCGAUCAGAGUAUCGUUGAACUAAAACCAAAAUUGGGUCGAUUACGAGACAGUCAGCAAAAGGAUUACUUCAUACCAACCUGUUAUACACAGCCCAACUCAAAAUUCUUAAUAAACGAAUUUAGAGAAAACGUUUCUAGGACUCUUACAACUCGAUUAAAGGAGUCUAUACGACAAAUAUCAAAAGACAAGGCUGAGUUUCAGUUACUAAAUUUGCAAUCUGUCAAAUUUCCUGGUAAUAAAACACAGCUGAGGUGGACGAAAGUUGGGACGAUCAAAGGUGGUAAAGACGUACGACUCGACACUAUAAUCUGGCCAGGAGGUGGGAUAGUACCAGCUUACCUUGGAGAAGGUGGAGAAAAAAUUGGAAUGCCUGCGUAUCGCAUUGUAACUGCUCUGGCACCUCCAUUUUCAAUGGCAACGAGUUUACAAGAGGGUUUGUGCUUACGAGGAUUGGCCUGCAGGCAUGGAAAUAAUAUUAUGUGCUGCUAUGGUUUAACCAUAGACUUGCUGUCACUGGUGUCCCGUGAAUUAGGAUUUCGAUUUGAACUGUACGUGGGAGGUGAUGGGCUAUUUGGUAAAAGAAAUGGAAGCAGUGGCGCGUGGAACGGCGUUGUUGGGGAAUUGGUAUCUGGAAAAGCACAGCUUGCUUUUGCACCAUUGAGCGUAUCUGCCAGAAGAGCAGAAGUAAUUGACUUUACAACUCCAUACUUUUUCAGUGGAGUCAGCUUCCUCGCUGCUCCGAAACUCAGAUCGGAAAUUUCACUGUUGGCAUUCCUUUUGCCGUUCAGUCCUGAAUUGUGGAUCGCCGUUUUCACAUCAUUGAAUAUCACCGCAAUGGCAGUAGCUGCUUACGAAUGGCUCAGUCCAUUUGGAUUAAAUCCAUGGGGCAGACAAAGAAGCAAGAACUUCUCUAUAGCUUCCGCCCUCUGGGUUAUGUGGGGUCUUCUGUGCGGUCAUCUUGUUGCUUUUAAAGCUCCAAAAUCUUGGCCUAACAAGUUUCUCAUCAACGUUUGGGGUGGUUUUUCUGUCAUCUUCGUUGCUUCUUAUACAGCAAACAUAGCAGCCUUGAUUGCUGAUUUGUUCUUCCACUCUGCUGUUAACAACUAUCAUGACCGGAGUUUAUUAUCACAGAGAGUUGGCGCGCCCAGAGCAUCUGCAGCUGAAUAUUAUGUACAACGAGCUAAUAAACAAUUAUGGUCACACAUGGCACGUUACUCAUUGUCUGAUGUAGCCGAGGGAGUAGAGAGAUUGACAAAUGGCAGUCUGGACAUUUUGAUAGCCGACACUCCCAUUCUCGAUUAUUAUCGCGCUACUGACAAUGGUUGCCGACUACAAAAAAUCGGUGACGCCAUCAACGAAGACACUUACGCCGUAGCAUUGACCAAGGGACAUCCUCUUAAAGAAAGCAUUUCCAAAGUCAUAGCAAAUUAUACGAGCAAUGGGCUACUCGAUAUUCUGCAGGAAAAAUGGUACGGUGGAUUACCUUGCAUAAGAGGACGAGAAGGAAUGGAUGCAGGUUUAGAGCCUGAACAAGGUGGACAACCUCGUCCGCUAGGAGUGGCAUCCGUAGCUGGAGUAUUUUGUUUACUAGGCAUGGGUGUUAUGUUGGGUGCAAUAAUCCUUGCUGGUGAACACUUGUUCUACAGAUACACACUGCCUAGAUUGAGACACAGACCAAAGAGUUCGGUUUGGCGCAGUCGCAACGUAAUGUUCUUCUCUCAAAAGCUCUACAGAUUUAUUAAUUGCGUAGAGUUAGUAUCACCUCACCAUGCUGCCAGAGAACUUGUACACACUGUGAGACAAGGCCAAAUUACAUCCCUCUUUCAAAAAAGUGUAAAGCGGAAGGAACACGAACAACGUCGCAGACGUAAGAGUAAGGCCCAGUUUUUUGAGAUGAUACAAGAAAUUCGAAGAGUUCAGCAAGAGGAAAAAGUGGAUGCCGAGCAAAAGGAACCGGAAGCUCGCAGGCCAUUGAAGAAGGAGGAGAAGGUGGUUAAAGGAAGAGAAAGAAGUCGUAGCAAGAGUCCGCUGAUGCCACGAAGUCCAAAAAGAUCAGAGAAAAGUCGAAGCUCGACAAAUCUUUCAGGUUCAAGACUUGGAUUAUCUCCUGUUAGCCUGGAGGCUCCUAUGAAACCAAGAGAAUUCACUUUGAGCAGUACUAAUCUUAGAGCCAGAAGUCCAUUGGACACCGUAGGUCGCAGACUGAGCCACGGCGAUGGCGGUUCACCACCACGUCUUGGCUCUCAUUUGGGUGGUAGUGCCACAUUACGACCUCUUGCACCAAUAAGAGGAGACUCCCUUGGAGGCGGUGCGCCAACAUCAAAAUACUCUCGGAGUCCUGCAAAGAGAGGACAGUCUUUUCCAGUAUUCGCGACCCUGAGGCCUCCACCCUCUGGUGGAUAUCAAGUGUCUAAGAGUCCUCUGCUGUCCCCAAAUAGCGAGUUGACUUCAGCGAUUGGUCGAAAAUUAUCAAGAGAUUGGGGAUCCGGAACGAUUGAUCUGAGAAGAUCCUCGGAGGGUAUUGGAUUGGGCUCGACCACUACUCUCAGUCAGGAAACUACUCUGACAAUUGAACGUGCUGACCACCAGAAGAGUCAAGAUGAGAUUUUACCGGUGAAGAAACCUAUACGCCGAGCACGAAGCCACGAGAACAAGGAGGCUGGUAAAUUAAUGGCAGAUCUACCUUCGCCAAGAUUAACGGUUCAGCCUGUAAUCGGAGGAAAAUCGGUGAGCGAACGCACUAAAAAGCAAUUAGAAUCUGAAUUGAAGGCAAUUCUAACCGCCAGAGCACAUCAUCGUGAUCUACAUCCUCCUUGAUAGACUGCUAAUUCUCGGUAAGAGUUUUUAAAAGCGACAAGCUUAGAGGCACGUUGCCUCUGAGGGGCUUUCAUUGAUUUUAAGCAAUAUCAGAAUAAUAGGUCAAUUUCUAGAGGAACAGUUCUGACACAGUUUAAAAGAGGUUUUUAAGAAAUAGACAGCCUUGGAGGAUCGUGUGACGAAGGAGGGCGUCAUAAACGAGAGACCCCUCUGGUUGUUCAUAUGUUGUUACGUACAUUGAUAAUUUAGAAUAUAUUGAAAAAUAGUGCUAUAAACUUUCGUAGAAAUAUCUUAACGAGUGACGUAGCACGUACGUUUAAUAUUAAGAUAUUUUCUUGUUGGCAUUUUAACUCUACACUAAACCGCUGGCCCGGGUGAGUCUCUCUUUCGAUUGCAAUGGUAAAAAGAAAAUGUAAUGUCUACUACGGUAUUUCUCAAACUAAAUUUUAGAGUCCGUUUCAAAAGAAGUAAUGACUGAAAACGAACAAUGGAAUUGCUUGCUUGAAUAAUACAUUUAUCAGCAGUCUGCAAACUAUCGUAGCACGUGAGUCUAUCGUUAUCGCGCACGCUUGUUAUUAUAAAAUUAUUAAGCAAUGAUGAAAACCUAGGGAAGCAGGCUCAAUUUAUUUUUCGCGCAAAUAUAUGAAUCAUUUCGAUUUUCUCUUACGAGCCCGUGUGCAAAUAUUCUCGUAUUUUCCCCAUUUAAUUAUCAUUUAUGACGUAUUGGUAUAAUAAACACUAAGUAGUUAGUGCUUGCAUAAUAAAGCUCUGUGCGUGUAACAGCGAUGGAAUUAGAAUCUAUAAGAAGGAGUAAGGCUGACGAAUUAGCUACUUUAACACCUUCUCUUCUCUUGUAUUCUCUGUAAUGAAUUGCGCAUGACAGUGAACCAUUUAUAAGAUACAUAAGACGGUACUCGACAAACAAUAGAUUGAGAGAUUUUUGGUCCACUGAAUUUUUCUGAAUCGAACCGCGUGCUGCCACCUUAAGGAUGCUUGUGAUUGUGGAAGGAGAGGCUCGCUAUGCAGGCUAUCGGCGUAGAAUGACCACAAACAAAAGUACGCGUAACCUUAUACUUAUUACGUCUAUCAAAGGGGGAAAAAAUUAAGUAAAAAGACAUUAAAUAUUUGCGUCAUUUUCGUACCGAUUGCGGGGGAUUCAAUAUUGAAAGAAAUUGCAGGAGCAAUAAGAGCAGACAACAAAACUAUAUAACGCUCGCACCUUCACAAGUCGUAUAUAAAAAAAAAAGAGAGAGAAUAAAAAAAAUAUAAGCCAGUAGAAAAUCCGUAGGUACUGACCCUAUUAGAGAUAUCUUAGGAAGCACACACAUUAUCUGUUAGACUGAAUAAUGAUAUUACAUUGUAUAGGAAUUGUCUGUGGAAUAUUACUGGAAUUGAGAAAAACGAUAUAUAGAUAGAUUAAAUACGCGUUAUCUUGACUUUAAAACUUUGGAAUCCUUUCGAUCGAAUGAAUCGACAAAGAAAAGUAAAAAAAAAUUAAUAAAAAGAAAUAAAUUGUUUACUCCUACUAUAUUUAACAUAGAGACUAUUAUAGCGAAUGCAUGGGACUAAAUUAAAGAAUUAAGUUUAAAUGAUUCAUAAGCGAGGCCUUAGGAGUAGUCGUAUCCGCCCAAUACUUUACUUACUAGCCUUAUCGUACUCAAAUAUUUCACAAUAUUAUAUUAUAUAGCGAUAUAGCUAUUUAAUUCGUUAGAGAGUAUUAGAGAAAUUCAUUAAAUUCUCGAAAGUUAUAAGCAGUAGGUUCCUGUGGGUAUAUAUCGUAUUCGUUCUGUUGCGUACAGCAUAUUAGUAGAAGACGCUUGGAUCUUGAGUGGGUUAUACGUAAUAACCAAAUUACUAUUUAACUUCGGUAGUUUAGACUAUUACUGUCUUUGUUAGUAGUCGUAUGCGAUAAUAAAUUUACGUUCUACUGCAUGUUAGUGGUGGUACAGCCGACAACUAAUAAUGAAAGUGUGUCCCAAGAAAUUACCGGAGAAAUUCAAAAGACCCGCCUUUUACGACGCAUCUAUUCUAACGAUGCGCAUGCGCAAAGCACUGUAAUUUCACAGAUUUCAGAUAGUAACGUGACUCUAUAGCACCGUGUCAUUCGAAGAAAAGGAAGGAGAUAAAAGCUAAAAUUCUGUAUAUCCAAAGUAUAUAGUCUCAAGAGACAUAUUGAACGUCAAUGAGGAAGAGGUAUAUUGCAUACUCAACGUCUAAAGUAAAAUUACAUUCUUCUAGUAGACAAGAAAUAGACGAUUGAUAUUGCAAUUAAUUAAGGAGUGAUCAAAAUACAAAUUAUAGGGGGCCAGUCUAGAGUCACCCGAGCCUAAGGAAAUCAAAGAUAGACUUACUAAACUAACUUUAGCUAUAAUAAUACUUGGGCAGGCGGGAUCUAUCUGUGAUUUAGUUAAGUGGCUGUUUGGUGUUUCCUUUUGAUUUUUAGUAAAUUAAAGUGAACAAAUAAGUACGAAAGACGAAGAAAAACAAAAUUAAUAAUCGUUCGCGACUUUACUACAUCUAUUAAUGAAACUCCUUGUAAAUAUGCACGCCACUUGCUGUAUUUCCAUAUGCAGGGCUGCUGCUCUGAAUCAAAGGUCGAUCUCCCACCUUAUUUGUGCGCCAACAAGAGCCUGUAUAGUCGAGACGUUACAUGGAGAGGCGAGAGCUAAUGGUACCUGACCGACCGAUAAAUCCGUCUCCCUCUUACUUUCAGUAUCCAUAAUAAUAUACACUUUUUGCCCCAAUGCUUUAUCACUCCUCUUCAUCGCUCAUCACUGGUACCAUAUUAUUCGUAUAAUUUCUUAUACUUCACCCCUGCUUUCAAGAGCCUUGAACCGAUAUGACGGCCUAUAUUAAUUAUCUAAUACAUGAUUCAACUCUUCCGUCCUGAACUCUCCAAACAAAAUUAACGCGUUUAUCGAUUAAUAUUAUAUUUAGCGUCUGGUCUUCCAGUGUACCCGCUCUUCUCUUUCCUUUUCACGUAUCACUAUAAUAUAAUAAUGUAUUGACUCUUGAAAUUAUAUCUUCACGUCUCUGCGUCUAAUUCCGUUAACGAAGAUUCAUAUAAGUAUGAAUUCCGAAAUCAUCUUUUAUUUAAAGAAAGUUCAAGAAGGUAUGACCAUUGAAAAUCUUGUUUACGGCAAUGCUAUAAUAAAUAUUUAUCCUCGUUUUUAUAUAAGCUAAUAGCGAAAAACUAAUGGAGUGAUACGAAAUGAGAAAAUAGAAAUUAUUAUUGAAACGCAUGCGCUCUCCCCGCUUUUUGAAAGACAUUUAAGUAUACAUAUAUACUUUCGUUGUUAGUACUACUAUAUAGUAGGCUAGACGUGAAAUCAUAAUUGAGAAUGAAAUUUCUCAAGCAAACGCACACAUUAAAAUUGAACCGAGUGUAUUAAACUUCCAUGAAAGUAUACUGGAAUAAUUUAUGAAUUAACUAUAUGUAGUUGUGUCAUUCACUGAUUCGUGUAAUUUUAACCCAUUUACUAAUGGCGACUAAAUAUUAUUCUACUCUCUACAAAGCACUGCCAUCAUUUGAAGUUUAAACAUUGCUUUCAAAUACCUGCCAGUUAGUAUUGUUAUUGAAUAUUAGCUAAUAAGCGUACAUAGUUCGCGUGGCGCGUACAUGAUUGCGAGAGGAUUUUUUAACUAACGUGAUUAUUCGUAAGUGGAACAACGGAGAGUGUUAUCAUUUUUGUGAAUAGUGAAUGGGUUAAAGGAAGUCUUUUCUGAACCCCUCAAACGAACGUGACCGUACAUGGAUAAUUUGAAUUUAAAAAAAAAUCGCGUGCUUUUAGUGACAUUGUGAACGUGAUAAAGGAUACAAGAAAUUACGGUCAAGUACAAUAUUUUGGGGCUCAGUCACCGUGUUCAGUUUAUUGCCAAUGCAGCAUGACUAUAUUAUAAUAUGCUUUUGCAAUUUUAAGUCUGAUGAGUGUGCCGUGUAAAGCUAAUCAUUUUUACAAAAAGAGACCAUAGUUUCAAGGGGAAGCGUUAACUGUUACCAUGGUGACUUGUUGGCGUACGGUAUCAGGUUAGGUUCCUCGUAACCUACCUCGUCUCUCUUGUUACGCCUACUACUACACUGUUAUUGUUGAUGAAAACUCCAUAUUAUUACGAAAUAAAUAUUAUAUUGUCUCAAAA